AUGGCGGCUGUUGGUUGCCUUCGAGUCGUGUCCACACCUGUUCAUUGGAAUCAUCCUGAACUGUUGAAUGUCCGCAUACGACUGGAAAACAAAGAACUGCUCAUAAAUCUGGAAAGAAAUGAAGGUCUCAUCGCCGGCGGCUUCACGGAGACCCAUUACCUGCAGGACGGCACCGACGUCACCCUCACUAGAAAUGACACGGGUCACUGUUACUACCACGGACAUGUGCAUGGCUAUCCCGGAUCAGUCGUCAGUCUCAGCACUUGUUCUGGUCUCAGGGGACUUAUUAUGUUUGAAAAUAAAACCUACGCCUUAGAACCAAUGGAAAACACAACCAGCAGAUACAAACUCUUCCCCCUGGAGAGCCUGAAGGGCUUCCUGGGAACUUGUGGGUCUCAUCGGAAUGCCUCGGGCCGCACGCCGGAUCACAUGCUCGGGCCGCCCCCCAGGACACGGGUAAGAAGGCAUAAAAGAGAGACCCUCAAGAUGACCAAGUAUGUAGAGCUGGUCAUUGUAGCAGACAACAGAGAGUUUCAGAGGCAAGGAAAAGAUCUGGAAAAAGUGAAGCAGCGAUUAAUAGAGAUUGCUAAUCACGUUGACAAGUUUUACAGAGCACUGAACAUCCGCAUCGUGUUGGUCGGCGUGGAAGUGUGGAAUGACAUUGACAAGUGCUCCAUAAGUCAGGACCCCUUUACAAGCCUGCAUGAGUUUCUGGACUGGAGAAAGAUGAGGCUCCUACCUCGCAAAUCCCACGACAACGCGCAGCUUAUCAGUGGGGUGUAUUUCCAAGGGACCACCAUUGGCAUGGCGCCAAUCAUGAGCAUGUGUACUGCGGAGCAGUCCGGCGGCGUUGUCAUGUGCCUGGGAGCAGGAGAGCCUUCAGCUGGCUCCUCACGCUCUGGAGUCCUAGGUUGCUCUCACAACCCCCGACCCCUGACCCCUAGGCUCUCACCACCUGGAGCUCAGCAAGACCCAGCAGGGCACAGGCACCAUGGACGUUCGGACGGUGGUGAGAGGGAUGCUCCCGAGUGGAGGCAGAACCUCACGGUUCGCAGCGUGUACCCCUUCCCCAUGGUGUUCAGUAGCUGCAGCAGGAGGGACCUGGAGACCAGCCUGGAGAAAGGAAUGGGGAUGUGCCUCUUUAACUUGCCGGAAGUCAAGCAGUCCUUCGGGGGCCAGAAGUGUGGCAAUGGAUAUGUGGAAGAGGGAGAGGAGUGUGACUGCGGGGAAGUGGAGGAGUGUACGAAUCGCUGCUGCAACGCCUCCACCUGCACCCUGAGGCCAGACGCCGUGUGUGCGCAUGGGCUGUGCUGUCAGGACUGCCAGGGCAUCUGCCAGACCCAUGAGCAGCAGUGCGUCACCCUGUGGGGGCCAGGUGCUAAGCCCGCCCCGGGGAUCUGCUUUGAGAGAGUCAACUCUGCAGGUGACCCAUAUGGCAACUGCGGCAAAGACUCUAAAGGCUCCUUCACCAAGUGCGAGAGGAGAGAUGCUAAGUGUGGAAAAAUCCAGUGCCAAGGAGGUGCCAGCCGGCCAGUCAUUGGUACCAACGCUGUGUCCAUAGAAACUAAUAUCCCACUGCAGGAAGGAGGCCGGAUUCUGUGCCGCGGGACUCACGUGUACUUGGGAGACGACAUGCCAGACCCAGGGCUCGUGCUAGCUGGCACAAAAUGCGCAGAUGGAAAAGUAAGGCCCACAUUAUUUUGCGUGCAUCGUGGGUGUGAGCAUGCUCUCAUUGUCCACCCUCUCGUGUCCUCUUGCUGCCCUCGGAAGGUGUGCAACAAUAGGAAGCACUGCCACUGCGAGGCCCACUGGGCCCCUCCCUUCUGCGACAAGCCCGGCUUCGGAGGCAGCUCAGACAGUGGUCCCGUCCGACAGCCAGGUAACCAGAGCCUGACUGUGGGGCUCCUGGUGGCCACGCUGUGUCUCCUCGCUGCGGGGGGCGUGGUGUACCUCAAAAGGAAGACCUUGAUACAGCUGCUGUUUACAAAUAAAAAGAACACCAUUGAGAAACUAAGGUGUGUGCGUGCCUCCCGGCCCUGUGGCAGCCCCCACCCUCCACAGGCUCACCUCACCCACCUCAGCCAAGGCCUGACGAGGAAGCCCCCACCUUCCAGCACACCUAAGGACAAUCCCAGAAGACUGCUGCAGGGGCAGGACGUUGACAUCAGUAGACCCCUCAAAACCAUCGAUGUCCCACAACCCAGUUCACCUCAGCGAGUACUCCCACCCCUCCACCAGGGAACUCGCAAACCACAUCCUCCUCAGAAGCCUUUACCAGCAGAUCCCUUGAGCAAGAUGACCCGGCUCAGCAGUGCCUCUGGGAGGACCCCAGGACAGCCAGCCUCUGGGCUCCGCCUGGCCCCUCUCAGACCUGCUCCUCAGCAGCCCCGUCAAGCGCCCAGACCUGCCCAUGCCGCCUACAUCAAGUGA